UUAGUUUACAUUAUAUAGCGGACUGACCGGAGGGGCUCGAUUCAGUUGGCUCGCACUUUAAAAAUAGGAAAAAAUUCGGGGCCAAAAAAUCCCUCUCAAAAUAAAACACGCACACACACACUCUUUUUGAAAAUUGAAAUUUCGAAUUGCCCCCACCCCGCCGGUGCCUCCUUCUCCCUCCCUCUCUCUCUACUCUUUUUUAAGCCCGCGCCUGUUUACCCCCUCUAUUCCUUUUACUUCUUUUCUUCUGUGCUCUUUAUACAGUAGUAGCAUUCCUCCAUCUCACAAGUCAUAUCCCACACAACUAAUUUUUUUUUUCUCUACUAGAUUGAAUUGGGUCGGAGAGAUUCGAUCUUAGCUGUAUCGUUCACGAGUUCUUCCGCUCAAAUCCAAAUCGUUGAAGGCAUUGCAAUCUAUAUUUUCUGUUCAGCCUAAAACCCAGGAGAAGUGAGUACAUUUUCAGGCAGUAUAAUUACAAAAUCGCUUUCGUUGAUGGAGUAUGUUUAUCAGCUGCAAAUGUACUUGAUGUUCGUUGAAUUGCACAAAUUAAUCAUCUUUAAUCAAGAUACAUUGCCUUUGAAUCUAGUUUCCAUUACUUCCUGGAUUUCUUGUUACACAUUCUUUGGACGCAUAAUUGAAUAUCAACUGUUUGAUUGUUGCCUUCAGAGAAAUGGACUCCUUGCCUGAUUGCAUCCUUCAAUUCAUCCUAUCUCACAUUAACAAUGCCAAAGAUGUGGCGAGUUGUGCUUAUGUUUCCAAACGAUGGAAGGACUCAGUGCCCUAUGUUCAGAGCCUUUUCUUUCCUCGGAACGUUUUUGACAAUCUCAAGUGUGGGGAAACCCCAGAUGGAAUUAUCUCCACAAUGGUGUCUUCAAUUGAGCGGUUGGAAGAACUAGUUGUCUAUUGUCCUUUUACCAGCUAUGGCCUUGCUUAUUGGCUGCAGAAACAGGGACCAUUUCUUCGUAACCUUGAGCUACGAAUGGAUAAUAUAGUUGAAAACCAGUCAUGCAAGAACACUUUGGUGCCUUCCAAAAUGGACUGCAUUAGGGCUGCACCAAAUUUGGAGUCAUUGAGGCUUUGGGGAGUCUCAAUGGUUCAUUCUCCCAAAUGGGACAUGUUCCACAGGCUCAAAAAUCUUGAAAUAGUUGGGGCAAAGAUGGAUGAUGCUGCACUAUAUUCUGCACUUAGGGCUUGCCCCUAUUUGACAAGUCUAUCUCUUCUUGGUUGUGAGGGAUUGGGAUCCGUCUUAAUUGAAUUGCCUUUCCUCCGACAAUGCAAACUUGACUUUUAUGGUCAGGGCAACUGCUCCCUUUCUAUCACUUCUCCUUGGCUUGAGCUGCUUGAAGUACAGGGCUGCAGUUGGAUCAAAGUUAGAGAGACCCAAUGCUUAAGAGAUCUCACCAUUGCUAACAAUUUAGGUCGAGUAUAUAUUGUGGAUUUCGGCAAACUCACAGCUCUUGAGUCCUUGACCAUGAGGGGAGUUCAAUGGUGCUGGCAAGCUAUCAGUACAAUGCUUCACUUGGCAUCUGAGGUGAAGCACCUAUACAUGAAGGUGGAAUUUUCGGGCGAUUUUGAUUCUCUCUUGCCCUUUCCGGAGGUUGAUUUGGUUGAGUUUUUCAAUAGCCACCCAAAGCUUCGUACAUUUGAGAUACACGGUGCCAUGUUUGCUGCUCUUUGCCAAAAGAACAGCCUGAAAAAUGUUAGUAUGAACUUUCUUAAAGUGUGUUUUGUUUUUCCUUCUACUGCUUUCAAGCCCCCAAAAUGUUUGACAAGAUUCUUUUCUCUCAUUUCACAGCUUGAUGGAAGCUUUUUGAUUCCUUGCCUGGAGAAACUUGUGAUAACUAUCAGGUCGCCAUUGAACGCUGAACAGAAGAUGAAUACAUUGGAAUCCUUAUUGAAAUAUUCAAGGAACUUGAAGAAGAUGACGGUAAGGAUUCUUCAUAUGAAGAGCAGCCACAGCAGUGCAGAUGAUUUUUUUGAUGAGGUCUGCAAAUUCUGUUUCAUGAACCGGAGGAUUUGUAUAAUGCAGUAAUUUUGUACUUCAGAAAAUUGUCAUUCUUUUUUUCUUUUUCCUAAGCUGCAAAUAACAUUUUUCCUCAGAACACUAGGGGCUCAUUUUUGUAUUUUCCUCAGAAGUCAUAAUUUGUUACAGAAUUUUUACUUGGCUUUGUUUUUGUAAUCAGUCUUACAUACCAGAAAGUAACAACCUGUAAUGUUCAUUCAAGGCAUGAGAUGUUCCCAAGCUUUAAGUGACAUUAAAGUCUGGACAUAGAGAAACAUUUCUACCAUGAAGCAAAUAGCAUGGUUAGCAAGUAUGGCUAAAAAC